CUAUGGUUAUUUGUAAUAAUGGCAUGGCUACUUUAAUAAACUAUGUUGCGCGGUAUUGCGUGAUACGAUUAAUGUGUGUGUUCUAACAUGGCAAAAGGUGAUAAGGAAUUUGAAAAACCUAUAGUGAAAGAUGAAUUACCAAAUCCGGAAUGUAGGAGCACUGAUAAUGAGGAAUCCGAGUCUGUACAGGAAUUACAACCUUUGGAUAUCGGAGAGCAUUAUUUAGUGCGGCGUUCCGAUGAGUCAUGGCACCCGGCCGAGAUAAUACAAACGCGGUACAAUGCCGGCGAGUCUUGUUUCGAGUAUUAUGUCCACUAUGUGGGCUACGAUCGCCGCCUCGACGAAUGGGUUUCCCGCCACAGGGUUAUGUCCGACAGGUUUGACGUUUGCGAGCAAUCUAAUAAUAUAAAUUCAGAUCAUCUCUUAACCGACAAAUCAGGUCGUAAAAUAACGCGUAAUCAAAAACGUAAACAUGAUGAAAUCAAUCACAUACAGAAGACUUACGAGGAGAUGGAUCCUACGACCGCGGCGUUGGAAAAGGAACAUGAAGCGAUCACAAAAGUCAAAUACAUAGAUCGUAUUCAAAUCGGAAAAUAUGAAAUAGACACCUGGUACUUCAGUCCGUAUCCAGACGAGUAUGGUAAACAAUCAAAACUAUGGAUAUGUGAAUUUUGUCUUACAUAUAUGAAGAUGGAAAAAACGUUCAGAUACCAUUUAGGACAAUGCCCAGCUAAACAACCUCAAGGCAGUGAAAUAUACAGAAAAGGUACAAUAGCUAUUUUCGAAGCAGAUGGCAAGGAGCAUAAAACUUACUGUCAAAAUCUUUGUUUACUUGCAAAGUUGUUUUUAGAUCAUAAAACGUUAUAUUUUGAUAUAGAACAGUUUUUAUUUUACAUACUUUGUGAAGUGGACAAAUAUGGAGCACAUUUAGUUGGUUAUUUUUCAAAGGAGAAAGAUUCACCGGAAGGUAAUAAUGUAGCAUGCAUACUUACCUUACCACCAUACCAAAGACAAGGUUAUGGGAAGUUUCUUAUAGCAUUCAGCUAUGAGCUAUCAAGGCUAGAACAAGUGGUGGGUAGUCCAGAAAAACCAUUAUCUGACUUAGGUAAGCUUAGUUACAGGUCAUACUGGUCUUAUGUCUUACUAGAAGUCUUGAGUGUCAGUAGAGGUACCCUGAGUAUAAAAGACCUAAGUCAAAUGACUGGGAUAUCCCAAACUGAUAUAAUAACUACCUUACAAUGUAUGAAUAUGGUGAAAUAUUGGAAAGGACAGCAUGUAAUUUGUGUUACACCAAAGAUAGUAGCGGAACAGUUAGCUAGUCCCCAUUUUAAAAAGCCCAGGUUGUGCGUAGACAGAUCUGCAUUACGAUGGUCUCCGCCAAAUAAACAAGGGAACUCGGCAAAGGCUAAAAAGUAGUACAGGCUCACAGGCAGGGCUUAGAGAAUGUUUGUAAUCUUCUUUGUAUGACUUUCUCUAGGUACAAGCCUGUUGAAAAUAACUUCCAUAUAAUAUUUACUUUCAAACAGUAAUUAGGGUGAAUUAUAAGUGUUUACAAAUAAUAGUAAAACUUCUCAUUGCAUUUGUUGUAACAAUUUUAGCAGUAGUUUAAUAAUCCAAGUUAAUAAAUGUUUUGUAAUAGAUCAAUUUUAAGUAGUUAAGCCAGAAAAUGCUAUUAUUAAGUUUACAAAUUUAUUACUAGUUAAAAUCUUUCAUUGUGAAAGUAAGAUUUUUUCAGAUAAGUAACAUGAGAGAGCAUGAAAGUGUUUCAGUGCUUCUGACAUUCAAUUUGUAUACUCAUGUCUACUCAAUUGAUGGAAAGUCGUCUUAAGAGGUUUCUUAAUAUUACUUGUGUACAAAAGCUUUGCCGAUGACCUUGUAGUGUUAAACUGACAUUACCGAGUAGAUAAGAACAUGGUCAGUGUUAGGAGAGGGAGGUAUUGGCAUACUUUUCAUUGCUUAUAGAUGAAUUUAGAUUCCAUUUAUAAACAUUUUCAUUUAUAAUUCCGGAAAAUUCCGAGUGUCUAAGAUCUGUGUACAACCUGUUUAGUUCCUUUUUAUACCGGUAUAGUGAUACUAAUUUUAAGUUCUAACUUAGUUUAAGUUCAAUAACUAAUGUGUACAUUUUCUCUUAGUUUUAAGUGUAAGUAUAGUUAAAUAUUGAAUUUGUCAAAAAACAUAGAUAUACAUUCAGACAAACUUGUUUCAGUGUUAUUGAAUAUUUUUUAAAUUACAGGCUGUAACAUUUUUUUUUAAUUUCGACAAGGUUAACAAUUUUAAUAUUUGACAACACCACAGUUAUUAAGGUUGCUGCAAUUCUGUUUAUCAUAAUAAAAAUAACUCAAUAGUUAUUUUCUGUGCAGUUUUUGUUUUAAGACCAUAAUUUUAGUGUUCAGUUAGUGAAGUUUGUUAUAGCUUAUGCUUGACAUUUUCUUGAGUUUCAGAGUUAACAACUGAUUUUUUAAUUUACUUGAAGGAAAUUAGUGUAAUUAAUUGAUUCUUAGUAAGUUACAUUGGUAAGCUUGGUCCCACCUUACAAUAGGCAUUGAGGGUAGGUUUGAAAUUUGUAAUUUCAACCUACCCACAUCUAGGUUGUAAAACAUAAUUUAUGUUUGU